AUCAAAAUGUUCAAGCUCACUGCAUUUCAAAAGCAAACGCGAAACAGGGGAAAAAACUUUGCGCCUUCCGAGGAGAUUAAACUCCUAGAGCUGCUGGAACCUUAUAGGCAUAUCAUAGACAACAAAAACUCCGAUGCGGCCACUUGCCAGUUGAAAAGGGAAACCUGGGAGAAGUUGGCCCACCAGUUCUCCAGCCAAACUAGCUCCAAUCGCACCUGGAGAACCCUCAAGGAUAAGUACAAAAACAUGAACAGCAAGCUCAAAACAGCGGGCUCCAUGAUUCCACGCUAUCCCUACUUGGAAGAGUUUGAUCCAGUCAGCAGUUGUGUUUCUGUGGUUUAUGAGGAUUCCGAUCCAGAAAACUCACUGCAUAAUGAUCAAGCCGACAGUAUUGAAAGCCCAACUUUUAAAACGGAAACAAAUAAUGAGGUUUGCUGUAGAGUUUUAGUAGAUAUAAACCUUUGCCUAACCCUGUUUCAGGAACAGUUUCAGGAAACUCCCGAGGACAAUCCAACAGAACCCGAACACCAGUUCGUGAAGAAAAAACUACCAAGAAGAUUUAUUAUAAGUAAACGAAGCAAGAAGAGAUUAUUGGACGAUGAGCAAAUUGCGUUGAUACGACUUCAACAAAGAUUCUACUACAACGAAAACAUAAGAUCUGCGGAGAAACAUCGCCUGGAGCUGAGGUCAAUUAAUCUGAAGAACGAGCUCAUGGAACUAGAGCUUGAGGAAAAACGUCGGCGCCUUAGAAUAGAUGAUUAAAUUAAAGAA